UAUUCAUCUCCUCGAGGUUUUUGAUUUUUUGCCAUCACUUACUUGAUACUUUGAUAAUUUGCCACUCCUUACACUGUAAUUGAUCCAUUGUCACGUUUUGCUUUACACUUUGAUCUUUUGACACUUUCUCACACAAAAAUAAUACCUACAAAUGAUUGACAUAAUAUAUGCAUAAAGCAGUGGACCAAAAUACCCUUUAUGCUAGUUUCCGAUUCACCGGUUGAAAUCAAAUAGAAAGGGGAUGAACUCGUCGCCGCCGCCCCUGCCGCCGUGCUGCCAUCGCCUUUGCUGAUGGCCGCCUUCCUCCUUGCGCCGCUCUCCUCCAGUCUGUCCGCUGCCGCGCUGCCGGAAUAGCAGAUGCCGCCGGUGAUGUUGGGCGCCGCUCUCCUCCAGUUUGUCCGCGGCCACGUGUGUGUCUCGAUGGGAUCGCGUCAACAUGCUCGCCAGCGCCGCGUACUGCUGCCGCUGCUUGUGCUCGCCGCGUGCUGCUGCUGCUUAUGCUCGCCAGAAUUGAGAGGGGAGCGGCGCCACGGUCCAUGGAGAAGAAGCAGAGAAGCAGCGACGUGGUCUAUGGGGCGACGAGCACGGGGGCAACAGCGUGCGCUCCCGCAGGUGCGCGUUUUGGUGUCGGCCGAGCGCCUGCAUGGUCAUGACUCGUGGUUGUGGGCCGGCGGCUGUGGCGCACAUCAAGGGAGGGAGGGGCAGAGCGGGGCUUGGCCGGGAUUGCCGGGCGCCGGGGCCGCCGCCGCCGUCUCCUGGCAUCCUUGCCAGCGAGAGGGUGCGCAUAGUCAAUCUAUAGGGCGAGGAUAUUCUAGUCAUUUUACAUGGGACACACCCCACCAAGGGCAAAAGAUCAAAGUGCAAAGUAAAGAGCGGCAAAAGAUCAAUGACGAUAUAAAGAGUGGCAAAUUAUCAAAGUGCAAAGUAAGUGGUGGCUAAAAAUCAAAUCUUCCCAUAUCCUCACAUUGAAUUGACGUGACAACACACUGCGCGUGAGGUGACACAAGAAUCCCGGCGGCGUGUUUGGGUAUUGUGGACUUUAGAUGUGUAGUACUACCAUUUAUCUGUCGAAAUCUUUCAUCAUUCACUUAAAACAGUUAAUUUGAUCAUACAUUGAGUACCAUAUAACUGGA